GAAAGCGACAUCGAGCAGAAAAAGAGCGUCCCUGCAGCCGGCGCAUCGCUCCUGUUCAUCGAAAGCUUCCGACUUUUUUGUUAUUUGGAGAGAUCUUGGGAGAUCUUUCGCCGAGUCCGUCCUCGUUUUCGGAAUCCCUUUGCUGAGUCGAAAGGAGAUCGUCGUCUGUGCACGACAUGACUCCGUUACCUGCAAGGAUUAUGCGGGUAGCCGGACCUGUGAUGGUCGCGGUCUUGGCCCUGGUCGUCGCUAGAGGUUCGCGCACCAGCGCCCAUAGGUUCCACACCAGAUGGAGUUUUCCGACCACAGCAACCACAGCAACCACCGCAACCAACACAACCGCCGCUAGAGGCGGUGCAAACGUCUCAAUUCCUGUGUACCACAUGCCCGUAAUGGAAAACGAGUUCCUGGUCUUCCCACAUUUCCACGUGGAUUCGACGGGACGGAGGUUGCUUCACAUUGCGGAAGGAUUUGUUCUUCAUCUUCACCAGACAACGUUGUUCCCAGACCAGGUCCUGAUUCGGACCUACGACUCCAACGGUGGUCCCAUAGACGAAAUCAUCGAGGCCAUGGCCAUUCAGGAAGAGAUAUAUUGUGACGACGAACACUUAGCCUGCGUCGCUCUACACACGGACCCCAACGAUAUAACUGUGGAAGGCAUCUUGUCAGACAGCUUACGUAUCGUACCGGUACCGUUUCCAAACAAUACUGCCCGCACAAACCGUACCAGGCACUCGCACAGGGUGUUUCGAGUCAAGCAACGAAACUCACAUCCCCUCGACUCACAACUCACAAACAACAUAACCCAACUGACUGACAUCGACACCAACGAACUGUUUCAACGUCGAUCACAGAACCGGACUUACAGGAUACGUCCAGAAGUCGUCAUAGUCACUGACCACGAGCACAACAAACAGUUCAAGACCAGAGGGGACCUCAUUCGUUACAUCGGCAUCUUCAUGAACGCCGUGAAUCUUAGAUAUUCGACAGCCACUGGAAUCGAUAUCAAAAUGAAAAUCACGGCCAUCAUCGUAAGUAAGCCUGAUCAGGAGACCUACUGGAAGACACAAGGCAAAUACGUCAUCGCAGACCAAUCGUUAGCUGGCUUCACGUAUCGUCUAGCUACUGGCUACAUUCCUGGAAACUUUGACUUUGCCUACCUCAUUACAGGACGAGAUAUCGCUCAGUUAAUGCCAUCUGGUUCCCUUCAUCCUCUGGUCGCUGGUCUUGCGUAUAUUGGCGGAGCGUGCACACACCAGAGGGCGGGACUAGGGGAAGACAUGCCCGGCACCUACGACGGGGUUCACGUGGCUACACACGAGAUGGCGCACCUGUUGGGAUGUGUGCACGACGGCGACCCUCCUCCCGACUACCUAUCCGACAGUCCGGGCGCCCAGGACUGCCCAUGGGACGAUGGCUACAUCAUGAGCUACAAAGAAGGAGGAGUCAACAAGUACCGCUUCUCGUCCUGCUGCAUCGAGACAAUCAAACACAUCUUAGACCGAGGAUCUCACAAAUGCCUUUUGGAUGACUUCAACUAUCCGCUCACUCUGGAUAAGAGACUGCCCGGCCAAGUCCUCAAGCCAAUCGAUUACUGUAGGGUGCGAUUCCCAGAAAUUCCGCACGUGUGGACGGAUAACAAUAAACAGGACCUAUUACAGUGUAGAAUUCGUUGCAAUUAUCCCGUCAACUACUACACGGGAAUGUAUGUGUACAGAAUAGCCAACGCUCUGGAUGGCACCGUAUGCGCUUCAAACAGGACGUGCAUAAACGGAGUGUGCCAGUAGACAGGGCAGUGCCUUCCGAGAGGUCGAUGGCUAUCAACAGCCCAUUCUGGAACAACCUUGGGACUACAGCUGAUAUGGAGUGCGGUUAUCGCUGGCCACGAGACCAAGAUCGUUCACUGACUGCGUAAGCGAUAACGAUCGAGUGACAUGGCUGGACUGGUAGACUACGCACUACCAAAUUAUCUUUUGUGAUAGAUUGUAAGAUAUUAGGCUACUUAAUGCAAGUGUGACGUGUGGAUCUGUUGUCGUUAUACCAUGUUUUGCAUGCAUAGAAAGGUAACACGUCAAAAUGGAUGCUCCCGCAAGGUUGUUCAUGGUCAAGUUUGGUCAUUGGAGUUAAAAAAAAUAUUACUAUGAAAUAUAGCCACAUAUAUGCGAAAUAUAAAUGCUACCAGGAAGCGUUAUGCGUUUCCACUAACUUAUUAAAGCGCUGAGAAGCCAUCAGAAGUUUCGAUUGGAGGAGAGGAACGGGACGUCAUCACGUGCGCUCAAUGCGUUUGCCACCCAGUCUUUGCCGCGGCUCCGCAGUCCACCUGGAGGAAGCAAUGGCGCACCCCGUAAAUUCGAAUCUGAAAUUGGGGUGGGGGGUGGGGGCAGCCGUGUGACGUCACUGUUAGUUCUCUUGUUUCUGUUUUACAAUCGUCUGCAGGGCUGUUUAAAGGGUAGUCUCAGAAAUGCGUGUCAGAAAUGACGUGUGCGAAUUAAGCCUUCUCAUUGGCCUCCUCGGGUAACGUGACCCUUACAAUGCUUCUCAACGAAGUUCAUGUGAACAAAGCUUGUGUUGGAAAAAGAAUCUUGUUCCCCAUCCCCACGCUUUUCUUGAAUACCCUAUGCCUCCAUGAGUCCUCCCACUCUUAAAAAAAAAGAAAAAAGAGGGAGGGGGGUACUUUAACACCUUUCCUUGCCGCGUAUAUCACUCCCUUUUGGAGAGUACAAUUACUCUCAAAAAAGGAGUCCCCUCACUCCCUUUAGGGAGUGGGGUUACGCUCUAACCCCCUAUAGGAGAGUAAUAUUACUCUCCGGCAGGGAGUAAGGGAGUAAUGUUACUCCCUUAAGGGAGUGAGGAGACUCCAUUUUUGAGAAUAAUUGUACUCUCCAAAAGGGAGUUAUAUAUGUGGCAAGAAAAAGGAGUUAAACGACACCCUUUUUUUUAAGAGUGCGUAAGGUGACCUUCCAGGUAGUGCACUUAGCGUGGCCAGUCGACACCUCGACGACACCCUUCUCAAAAAAAAAAAAAAAAAAAAAAGAAGAAGAAGAAAAGAAAAGAGAGAGAAGAAGAAGUUCCAGCAAAUUCCGCAUCGCGCAGAGAUUUAAUAUCUUUUACGAGAAUAAAAUUGGAAAUAAAGUUUAGAUUUCAAUAGCACAAAUCACGUAGGAUUAACCAUAAUUAUGAUUGCGACGGAACAGGGACAGAAAAGGUCUAGACACGGGCAUGCACGUAUACCUCCAACAAAAUUUUAUGUAAAAAAAGAUAAUAAAAAAACUCUGCUUAUACGUGUUUCGAUAUGUCAGUUUAUGUUAUAUAUGUUGGUUAUGUACAGUUUUCGUGUUCAGUCCUUUUCUGUUCCGUCGCACUCGUUGAUUCUUACCAACGCGUCGAGACCAUCUCGUUACCCACGUAAGGAUUCUCGAGACACAAGGUCUGACAGCAGUGGCUCUAUAACUAAAAGUAAGAAAAACAAAAUACUAUUAUAGCAUCGUACUGAAAUCGUGCGUUAUUUAGUUGGAUCCUUCAAUAUCUGAGCGUUUGUCUCUCGUUACCUUCGACGUAGGACACCCGAUAAUAAUCGCGUUUUAAAUAUGGAGAGAAGUAUAUACAUGUUGAAUAGUUUGUUUUGAGUAGUAGUAUUUUUGUACAUAUAACUAUCUGUUCAAUAAACUGUACUUUUGCAAGUUUUUA